ACUGCAUUGCCCUUCUUGGCGGCCGUAGCAGCUGCGGCGACGGGCGUGGUCUUGGCAGAUGCCACCUUGGAGGUCUUUGCGGCAGCGGGUGCGAUGGCGGGUGCAGCGCGACCCUUGGCCUGGACUGCGGCGUGUUUGCCAUGUGUAGCAUUGACCUUGUCCUGGUCGUCCUCGUCCUCGUCGUCGUCGUCCAUCCUGUCAUCUUCUUGAUCAUCAUCUUGAUCAUCCUCAUCAUCAUCAUCUUGAUCCUCGUCGUCGUCCAUGUCAUCAUCAUGAUCAUCAUCGUCCCACAUGGCUUGCUCGCCGUCCUCGUCCUCGUCCUCUUCGUCUUCGAGGUCCUCUUCAUCAUCGUCGGACGCUUGCUCCUGUCGCUUGGAUCCAUGCUUGCCAUUCAUCACCUGCUUCUGUUGCUGUUGCUGCUGCUGCUGCUGCUUCUGCUGCUUGGUGGCGGUUGCGACGGCUGGCUUGGUUUGCUUUGCAUUGAGCUGCUGCUGCUUUCCAUUGCUCUGCUUGCCAUGCUGCUGCGACUGCGCCUUUUUGCCACUGCCACCACUGCUAGUGCUAGUGCUACCACUGAACAGCGGAGUGGGAUCGGCUUGCUUCUUGCUCGCGCGACCCGGUCCGCGGCGGCUGUCCGACAGCUCACGGCGUGCGACUUUGCCCAUCUCUGCUUGUCUCAGAUCACCAACUCAAAAAUGAAUGAAGCCGACCUAUUUAUCUUGCUGCAAUUGGAUCUUCAGUCAACCUUUUUAUUUUUUUUAUUUUUGUUGUUGUAUUGAUUCGUGCAACAUGAGCCGAACAGUGUUGGACGUGGCAGUGCGCGCGGCUGGCUGGGCGGCGUUUGGCUACUUGGUCUACGUCGGAGCCCGCGAGUUCCAAUCUCGCCGCCGUGCGUCCAGCAGUCACCCCGGCUCAUCGACUACGUCUUUGGCAUCAUCAACAUCAUCAUCAUCAUCAGCAGCGACUGGUCCGAAGGUCGUUCGAGUGACGCAGCUGUGGUGCUUCCCGAUCAAGGCGUGCGCAGGCACCAGCAUGGAGGAAGUCGAGGUGGACCGCCUGGGCGUCGUGGACGACCGCCGCAGAGUCAUUGUCGACCCGCAGACACACAAGUUCAUCACCCAGCGACAGUUCCCGCGCAUGGCGCUCAUCCGCCCGUCGUUCGACAAGGCAGACGGACAUCUCGUCAUCGACGCGCCAGGCAUGCCCACCCUGCACGUCGUCGAGCCCAACGACGCCAGCACCCCGCGCGUCACCGUCACGAUCUGGGGCGACUCGAUUGUGGCUCUGCCGUACAAUGACAGCGCCGUGACUGCUUGGCUGACUGAGUUUAUUGGUGCACCAGCGAUGCUGGUCAAGACGCUGCCCCCACAAGUUCACAGCCGCCCCGUGGAGACCGAAUACGAUUUGAUGAUUGACGGCCAGCCUGCCCACGCUGCGUUUUCCGAUGGCUACCCGUUCCUGCUCGCAUCGGAGGAAUCGCUCGUCGAUCUGAACAACCGAUUGGCCAAUCCCGUCCCAAUCCUCAACUUCCGCCCAAACAUUGUUGUCGCUGGCGCCGGCAACCCGUGGGCGGAAGACACCUGGCAGACGGUGCGCAUCGGCACCACCAAGUUUGGCGUGGUCAAAUCAUGCGCUCGCUGCUCGGUGCCGACAGUUGAUGUUCAAACGGGCAUUCGGGACAAAACGUCCGAGCCAACCAAGACCUUGCGCACAUUCCGCACGGUGGGCGACGGUGUCAUGUUCGGCCAAAACCUCAUUCACUACGAGAAGGCAGGCCGUCUUCGCGUUGGAGAUCUCGUCGAAGUGAUGGCGACCGACGACCACCAUCAGCAUAUUCAGAAAUGAGCGGAAUGAGCGUGAGCUGUUUUGUUUUGUUUGUUGCAUGCACCAAUCCUUCCAAUCCAUAUGCGCUGCAACUGUCAAUCGAUCCUACCGCCGCAGUGGUGCACAAAUAAACCAAUGCAAAGAACGA